CUAUUAUACAUAAAUUAUUUUUCUUCAAUAGAAAGACUGUUGAAAAUCAAAAGAUUAAAAUUAGUUAAAAACAAAAUUUAUUUUAUGCAAAUUUUCUGCUCAGUUAUUACACUCAUUACUUAAAACGAUAUAUUUUGCCGUUGUAGAAAACAGUUGAUCACCAGUUUCACGCAGCACAUUAAAACAUAGAGCACAUAGAAAAAUUACGUUGGACCAAACUUUUUGAUAAUAGUUGCUGCUCAUAAACGGACAUCAUUCAAACGGACAUCAUUUUUUUUUUCAAAAAUUAUGCGACUUUUUCGCAAAAAAAUUAAAAAAAUGGCUUCUCUUAAUACAUCGACAGGUGAUGUCCAAAUUCAAUUUAAAGAAUCUGAAUCAAGGCAAUACGUCAAUGAAAACGAGCAGGCUUCUGACGGUAAAAAAAAUGGCGAUAUCUACGAUGAGCCUGCAAAUAUUGACGAAAACGGCAGAAAAACAAACAACAAACAGCUACAACAAAGCAAUUCGUUUGUGAGAUGCUUGAUGAUUUUGGUGGUUGUACUGGUGGUAAUUGUUGCUCUAAUGGCAGUAUCUGUUGUCAUUCUUAUGUUUCUGACGGUUAAAUUAUCCAAUGAAAUAAAUGAGACCAAGGCGCAAUUAGCAGAUCUUUCCAGCAGCAUUGAGAGCGUAGAUUUCAGCUUGGGAGAACUUUCGUGUCUGAAUGGUGCAUCAUUUGUGGAUCUAAGAGGAAAAGAUGUGGGAUUGGAGAUAGUUCUACAGAGGCGGGAACGAUUUGGCGACAAUAUUUUGUUCAAUCGCGGAUUUGAGGCAUAUGAGGCAGGUUUUGGAGAUAUCUGUGGAGCAGGGGAUUUGUGGUUUGGGCUACAGAGAAUUCUUAUUUUGACCCAGAUUGGAAAAUGGAAUGUCCGAAUUUCGAUGCGCCAAUUCACAGACGAUGAACUCUUCUGGGGAGAAUGGACAGACUUCAAGGUUCACACUAUUCCCUUUUAUUAUCUGUCAUUGGGCCCAUUGGUGGCUAACAGUGACAACAUGGUGAACACCACUGGUUUAGCAAGCGGCUUCGACUAUCAUAAUGGAGAGGCCUUCAGUACUCAUGAUAGGGAUCGAGACACAUCUCCUGGAAACUGUGCUUCAAUCAGAGGAGGAGGAGGUUGGUGGUUUAAAAACUGUCAGCGUAUGAUGCUCAACGGAAACAGGACUACUUCAGAAAACUUGGAGAGCCUUGUACAAAUGAAUUACUGGAACGGUAAUGAAGGAACGAUACCGCUUGCAUCAAGUGAGAUUACAAUGAUCCGCGUUGGCUGAAUUGAAAAAUUAGAAGCCAGGAGA